GUCUCCAACUACUACUCGCACCACUCACCACAGCGACAGAGGGACAGAGAGUAGGACCAUAGGAAAUAUAUCCUUUCUAUUACUGUAAUCACAUAACCCAGGAGGUCAUGUCCACCAACAACUUUGAAGACGUAGAGGAUCGGGAUGGUAUCCGCCUAUCUUGGAACGCAUGGCCGUCAAGUAGGAUAGAAGCUACCAGGACUGUUGUACCUAUCUCUGCUCUUUACACUCCUCUGAAAGAAAGGGAAGAUUUACCACCUGUCCUGUACGAACCUGUCACUUGCAAAGCUUCUUGUAAGGCCAUUCUGAACCCUUUUUGCCAAAUCGACGUCCGUGGAAAACUAUGGAUAUGUCCAUUCUGUCUACAACGGAACCCUUUCCCUCCGCAUUACAAAGAUAUAACAACUACAAACCUCCCAGCUGAACUUCUUCCAAAGUACACCACCAUCGAAUACACACUCUCUAGACCCGCUCAAAUCCCUCCGAUCUUCCUCUACGUCGUUGACACUUGUGUGGACGAAGAUGAGCUCAAAGCUUUGCGCGAGACUUUGGUCGUCAGUCUUAGCUUGUUACCUCCGACUGCACUGGUGGGAUUGAUUACUUUUGGUACCAUGACCAUGGUACACGAACUCGCAUAUUCCGACUGUCCCAAGUCCUACGUCUUCCGAGGAUCCAAAGAAUAUCAACCCAAACAAAUCGCCGAUAUGCUAGGACUGAACCCGUCCAACAGGAUGCAAGCGGUAAGACCCGGUCAACCCAUGCCUGCGCCGGCUGCUAGCCGAUUCCUCAUGCCUGCUCAAGCGUGCGAGUUCCAGCUCACCAGUAUCCUCGAGGGAUUGCAGAGGGAUCCGUGGCCUGUGGAACAGGACAAACGUCCUUUGAGAUGUACUGGGGUAGCCAUGGGUGUUGCUGUUUCUCUCCUCGAGACCACGUUCCCCAAUACGGGAGCUCGCAUCAUGCUCUUCUCCGGAGGUCCACCCACCGACGGACCAGGUCUAGUUGUAGGUCCCGAAUUGAGAGAACCUAUCAGGUCGCACCACGACAUCGAUCGUGACAGUGUCAAGCAUUUCAAACGCGCUACAAAGUACUUUGAGGGUCUGUCCAAACGCGCGUCAGCCAACGGCCAUGCAAUUGAUAUCUACGCGGGAUGUUUGGACCAAGUCGGUCUGCUAGAAAUGAAAUCGUUGACCAACGCGACCAAUGGGUCUAUGGUCAUCUCGGACUCUUUCAUGACCGCCAUCUUCAAACAGACCUUUUUGCGAUCCUUGGGGAAAGACGAUGAUGGUCAUCUGAAAAUGGGUUUCAAUGGUACUUUCGAGGUACUCACCACAAAAGAACUCAAGAUCUCCGGAGUCAUCGGCCACGUCAUAUCAGCCAACAAGAAAACUCCCAGUGUGGGUGAGACUGAAAUAGGGAUCGGUCAAACCUCCGCAUGGAAAGUUUGUUCCCUCACCCCAAAAUCCUCCCUUGCCACAUACUUUGAAGUUGUCACUCCUGCCGGUCAACCUCUCCAACCCAAUCAAACCGGUUUGAUCCAGUUUGUGACCCAUUAUCAACAUUCUUCUGGACAAUUCCGUCUACGAGUGACUACCAUUGCUCGAACCUUUCACGAAGGCGGACACCCAGCUAUCGCCGCUUCGUUCGAUCAAGAAGCCGCCGCGGUGCUCAUGGCUCGUAUCGCUGUCUUCAAAGCGGAGAUCGAUGACAGUCCAGAUGUGUUGAGAUGGUUGGAUAGAAUGUUGAUUCGGUUGUGUCAGAAGUUUGCCGAGUAUAGGAAAGAAGAUCCGACUAGUUUCCAAUUGAGUCCGAAUUUCAGUAUUUACCCGCAAUUCAUGUUUCAUCUGAGAAGGAGUCAGUUUUUGCAGGUGUUCAAUAAUUCACCGGAUGAGACGGCUUUCUACCGCCACGUAUUAAACGACGCCGAUGUCAACAACUCCCUCAUUAUGAUCCAACCCACCUUAAUGUCCUACACAUUCGACGUCGAACCCCAUCCCGUCCUACUCGAUUCAGUUUCCAUCCGACCUGACGUCAUCCUUCUCCUCGACACAUUCUUCCAUAUCCUCAUAUUCCACGGUGAGACCAUAGCUCAAUGGCGUAAAGCGAAUUAUCAAGAUCAAGAAGGAUAUGAAAAUUUCAAAGAAUUACUAGAAAGUCCAAUCACCGAUGCACAGGAUCUGUUAGAGGAUCGAUUACCUAUACCUCGUUAUGUGGUCUGUGAUCAAGGUGGAAGUCAAGCUAGAUUCUUGUUGAGCAAGUUGAAUCCGAGUACUACACAUAUGAGCGGAGGUUAUGGAGGAGGUGGGAAUGGUGGUCAAGCUAUAUUUACGGAUGAUGUUAGUUUACAGGUGUUUAUGGAACAUUUGAAGAGGUUGGCCGUUGGAGCUUCGACCAGUUAGGGGGGGAAUAAGGGCCAAGUUUUCUCUGGUUUGAGGUCUCUGAAGGAAAGGUUGAGUAAAAAGUCACUGCUGGGUGGGUGGGUAAAUUUAUGAGAUAUUGAAAGAAAUUGUGUAUAAAAUCACGAGAUGCAUUGGAGAUACAUAGGUUUG